CGCGGCUGGCCAAGAUGGCGGCGGCGGUACCCGGCCUCCGCUCCUGCUGUCGGCUGCUGAAACAGAGCGGCCCGGCCCGGGUCCACUGCCUCCCGAGAGGAGGUGGCUGCUGCCGCCGCCGCCGCUGGAGUUAUUCCACAAGCUCAACUCUCUGUCAGGAUGCAAUACAAGAACAGACAGGUUUUACAGAAGAAAUAGUCAUUCCAAGAAAGAAAACUUGGGACAAGUUAGCGGUCCUUCAAACUCUUGCUGCAACAGUGAACAGAGACCACACAGCUGCGCAUUAUAGGUUCCAAGAUGACCCAUACCUCAUACCCAGGACAUCACCUGAGUUUCGUCUCUACUCACUGUCACAGGAAUCGGGAUGUAAUGCUGCAAAGUAUAUUAUUAACACCUAUCCCCACCUUUUCCAGAAGGACAUCGCUGAACCUUCUAUACCAUGUUUAAUGCCAGAGCAAUUGGAGCCUCUAAUAAAUGAAGUGAGCGUAGCUGCCCUCCAGGAACGGAUUCAGCUCAGGAAAGUGAGAGCUUCUGUGGAUCUGUAUGAUCAGCUUGUGCAAGCAGGAACUCCUGUAUCUGUUGAAGUCACCAAUAGCUUGCUAAAUCUGCUAUGUGUUUAUGGAGAUAAAGAGCCACCAAGAGAGGAUCGACUUGAGAUGAAAGAAACUGAAGAUAAGGGUGAGGUGACUGGACCCUCGCAGAAAAUGCGGAGGGGUCGUCCAUGCAGAGUUUCAGAUUUGCUGAGCAUCACUUGGAGGGAGAACAAUAAUGCAGAGAGGAUAUUCAACCUGAUGCCUGAACGAAACAAACAUUCUUUCUGUACAAUGAUUCGAGGAAUGAUUAAGCAUGGCGCUUGUGCGAAGGCAAUGAACUUGUACACAGACUUGUUGAACAAUCGAAUGACAGCGGAUGUUCAUACUUUUAAUGCACUAAUAUCAGCAGUGCCAGAAUUAAAGGAGAUGUACAAUGAGAAAGUGGAUUUAAUUGUGGAGCUACUGAAGCAAAUGGCUGAACAAAAAGUGCAGCCAAACUUGUUAACUUUUAAUUCAGCACUGAAGAGUCUCCGAAAGUGUGGUUCAAUCGCAAAAGGACUUUCCAUCCAAAUAAUUAAUGAAAUGAAAUAUCUAAAUAUAGAACCAAGUUUGGCUACCUUCGAUCAUCUACUUGCUAUAUUCUAUAAACAGGGCGCAGUUACCCGACCACACACUGACAUCAUCUUUGAGGUGAUUGAUGAAAUAGAGGAGAAGCAUUUUGAGCCCCGGGAUCCUGAUGAUGUGAACUUCUUCAUCAGUGCUAUGAGGCUGUGUUUAGAUUUGAAAGACCUUGAAUUGGCUUACAGAUUGCACAAGACACUUGAAACUGGAAACAACUGGGUAUUAUUGGGUGAUUCUUACCAACAAAGUAUUUAUUAUGGGAGAUUCUUCAGCAUCUUAUGCAUGAUGGAGAGCAAUGAUGUGGUUCUCGAGUGGUAUAAAGCCCUCAUUCCAUCGGUCUACUACCCCAAUGUGCAAGGAAUGAGGGAUCUGCUGCAGGCAUUGGACACGGAAAACCAGUUACACCUGGUUCCUAAUGUCUGGAAAGACAUUAAGCAAUUUGGUCACAGUAACAAGCAAGAUCUUGUGGAGGAGGUCCUUGAACUGAUGAGUCGUGACAAACACAGUCCAGAGCUGCAGGCUGCAUUUGCUGACACUGCAUUGGCCAUAAAAUCUGUAUAUAAACAAGACCAGUUCCAUAACUUACAAUGGACAGCUGCCUCUUUGGGAAAUGUCACUGCUCUGUUACUGAGAGGAGGUCGAACUCAAGAUGCUUGGGGAAUGCUGCAACUUUUUAAAACUAACAACAGGGUUCCUGGUAAAGAACUAUUGGAUGAGUUUUUGGACCAUGCUAAGGAAAACAGUAACAACACUCUGGCCCUUGACUUGGUAAAACUGGCCGGUACAUUCAGUUUACCUGCAACAUCAGAGCUGUUUGAUCGCGUGAUGAAUGAGUUUCAACUAACAGAUGAAGAGAAAAAAUCAUUGGAAGAGCUGGAUGCCACCAGCAGUGACGGUAGUGACAGCAGUGACAGUGACCAAGAAUAAUCUUUUGAUCGUUGAGUCUUAGCAAAUGAUCUCCUAUUGAACUCCAGAAUGACUGCGUAAGGAUGAACCUGGGUAUUUUGUUCACUGCACUGAAUGUUGCACAGAUAUCAGUGGACUGAAAGAAUGACUUUUGCAGCUUUAUCUGCUGUAUUAUUAAUACCAUACUAUAGAAUUAUGUAAGUAUAUGGAAUAUUAAAAUGACAAUAUAAAAUAA